CCCUCCCUCUCUCUCACCACGCACGCAGCACGAGCUCAUUUUGAGAGAGAGAGAGAGAGAGCAAUGACGGAGGCGGCUUCCGCGGCGGCGAGGAGGAGCCGGGUCGGGCUGGCGGCGGCGUUCAGCGCCGCGCUGCUGCUCGUCGUCGUGGUGCUCGCCGGCAGCGUGGCGCUCGGGGGCGGCUCCGGCGGACGGCUCCUCGAUGGGCUCCGGCACCGGAGCGCGGCCGUGGUGGCGACCGGCGCGAGGCGGUGGCUGCGGGUCUCGUCAUGGCCGGCGGCUGUGACGACGCCGACGCCGAGGGGCGGUGACGCCGACGGGGCGGUGGCGAAGACGAGGACCGUUGCCGGUGCGGUGGACGACCCGGAAGCAGUGGCCGACGAAGUGCACAUGUCCAUCAAGAACAUCACGGCCCGGCGGAACCUCGGGUACCUGUCCUGCGGGACGGGCAACCCGAUCGACGACUGCUGGCGCUGCGACCCUGACUGGCACCACAACCGCCAGCGUCUGGCUGACUGCGGCAUCGGCUUCGGCCGCAACGCAAUCGGCGGCCGCGACGGCAAGAUCUACGUGGUCACCGACCCCGGCGACGACGACCCUGUCACCCCGCGUAAGGGCACACUCCGCUACGCUGUCAUCCAGGACGAGCCGCUCUGGAUCAUCUUCAAGCGCGACAUGGUCAUCACGCUCAAGCAGGAGCUCAUCAUGAACAGCUUCAAGACUAUCGACGGCCGCGGCGCCAACGUGCACAUCGCCAACGGCGCCUGCAUCACCAUCCAGUACAUCACCAACGUCAUCAUCCACGGACUGCACAUCCACGACUGCAAGCCCACGGGGAACGCCAUGGUGCGCAGCUCGCCCAGCCACUACGGGUGGCGCACCAUGGCCGACGGUGACGCGGUGUCCAUCUUCGGAUCCAGCCAUAUCUGGGUGGACCACUGCUCGCUGUCCAACUGCGCCGACGGCCUGGUCGAUGCCAUCAUGGGAUCCACGGCCAUCACAGUGUCCAACAGCUACUUCACCCACCACAAUGAGGUGAUGCUACUUGGCCACAGUGACUCCUAUGUGAAGGACAAGGCAAUGCAGGUGACAAUAGCCUUCAACCAUUUUGGCGAAGGUCUCAUUCAGAGGAUGCCAAGGUGCAGGCAUGGUUACUUCCAUGUGGUGAACAAUGAUUACACUCACUGGGAAAUGUACGCCAUUGGCGGGAGCGCUGAGCCGACCAUCAACAGCCAGGGCAACCGCUACCUUGCUCCGACAAACCCCUUCGCCAAGGAGGUUACUAAGAGAGUCGAAACCGCUUCGAGUGUCUGGAAGAGCUGGAACUGGAGAUCAGAGGGCGACCUCCUGCUCAACGGCGCCUACUUCACCCCAUCUGGCGCGGGUGCCUCAGCCAGUUACUCGCGUGCCUCCAGCCUCGGCGCCAAGUCAUCAUCCAUGGUUGGCUCCAUCACCUCUGGCGCUGGCGCCCUGUCCUGCCGCAAAGGCGCUGCCUGCUAGCACACUGCAGAGGAAAACAGAUCCCCCCAUACUGCAUCUCCUACAACAGGAAAGAAACAAGACAACAGAAAACUAAGCUACCGGAACACCGCGGUUAUAGUUUUUUACUUCGUUUCUCUUCCCUUUCUUUUUGGCCUCUUUUGACAAGGGUUAUAUGAUGGUCCUCCUGAUUCACCAUUGCUCAACCUCCCCCUGCUCCUGACAUGACCACUACCUGGAGCAGGCGAGAAGCGUUGCUGAUUGAUUCGUCGCUCGGUCUCCUGUUAGUCACCUGAUCUGAGUGUGCUCGAUUGUGUCAUUGUUGUUGCCCCCGCCCACAGCAAGUGUACGUUGAGGUCAGGGGUGCUCUGUGUGUGCGUGUGUCUCAUACUUGGUUGUGGAAAAACAGUCAGAUUGUUAGUAGUACUACAUGUUGUGCCUGGACUGAAAUGGAGUUGCCCUGUAAAAGACAUGGAUGAAUUGCUAUCUUCUUCUUCAGUGAAAGAGAGAACCGGCUUAAUCUUUU